AUGUCACGAAGAUCAUCUCGAGCGGGACCACCACCUCAACAAUUAGCUGGCUCCAAUAUCUCAGGAGCAAGCUCAACCACAAACGGCACUGCGCAAGAACGCCUAGACCUAGAACAAGAAGACACUGCGGAUAUGCAGGAGGAAGGAAGUAGUAUGAUGCCUCGUGUUGUAAGCAGGAGAUCACAAGUGAGGAAAUCAACUACAUCUUCGUCGAGUACUAGAAAGUCUUCUACUGCACAGAAAGAAGUGGGACCAAGUGGAUUGCCCAUCAUGCCAGCUUCCACGAGGACAGACGAGAGGGAUGAAGCAGUUCUUGCAAGCCAGGAAAGCAGUCGCGCCUCCAGAAGAUCCAGUUCUGGGAGUACUUCUAAAUAUCCAUCGUUCAGCUAUUCUGUUGGCAACGUUAAGGAGAUCAAACUUGUACAACCAAGAAAAAGUGAGGUCCUAGAAGAUGAGGAAGAAGAAGAUCAUGUCCUAGAAGAUGAAGACGGGAGACUAAUUCUAGACAUUUCACCAAGUUCGGCAUCAUCGCGUGCUUCUCGUCGAUCUGGACGCUCAUUCGCAGUAGUUCGAAGGAGCUCAAGCUCCUUGCAAGACCUACAGGACCAGUUGAGGCAAAGUAAAAAUGGCGUUUACAUCAAUGAUGCGCCAAGGGUUGAGGACCAAGAUUAUCAGGCAGAAGUCGAUGCUUCUAGAGCAGGAGCUUAUCAGGCAGAAGUCGAUGCUUCAUCUAGAGCUGUUGUAAUAUCUCCUUCUCCACGGGAAGAUAAACAACAAGAAAACACGAACAAUAUGAUGAUGAACGAGGACAGCCAAAGCAAAGUCAACAUCAUCAAAGCAAAGGCGGAGGUCGUAUCUCAUUCUCAAACCCCGAGAAUCGAUCCUGCCAUGGAUCCCGAACUUCUAGCAGACUCACGGAGUCUUACGUUGGUACCCGGGGCCAAAAGCGUGCAACAGGCUUUUUCCACGCUCGUACUACUAAAAAGAACUUUACAGGAAUUCAAAUACAUCUCAGUAGGCUUUCGACUUCCUCUUCCACAUGAUCAAAUUCCUCCUGCUCUCUCUGUCAUUGUGAUUAUCAAGCUCGUCAUUACUCAUCAUUUUUUGUUCAGGCUCACGGCGGCGCAGAAUUUUUCGACAUCCACACACCCGGAGAGGACGACAACACCACCACUGUGGCUGCGUGGAAACCCAAUAUGAACCCUCGUCCUCGUAGAAGACGUCGCAUCAAGGCACAAAAGCCACACAAAACCAUGGAGGAAAAGGCACAAGCGGAGAGUCUACGUGAGGUUCACACCGAGACAAUAGCGUGGUUUCGUCAUGUUCGAGAUGAGCUCCUGCGCCGACUCAGUAGCACGCACAAAGUACGGCGCUCACUCCAAGAACAGAAUUUGCUGCACUUGUUUACCGCGAAGGAGUAUGAAAGGAGACACGAACUGGGACUCCAGAGUACCUCUGCGGAGCAGAUUGGGAUGAAUGAUGCGGAGGAGGAGGAGACGAGUGGAGGUGUGGCGAUACCGGAGAAUGAAAUGAGGAGUGAUAUUAAGAACGACACUGCUAGCGGUCCUAAUGUUGGUGAAGUCGAUGUUGUUGUUGAUAAAAUGAACGAUUCUGAAGCAGCUGCUAAGAGUACUAGUGGAAACUACAAGGAUAUUACGGCAGAAGUAAUUAUAGAGGAUAACAGACGUGAAACUAAGGUCGACACGACACUAGUGGAAAACGUGAAGACCGCAUCAGAGUCCACUUCCUCCUCCACCUACUCCACGAGUACGAAGGACAAGGAGAAGAGAGUAUCCUUCAAGCAGGGACCUGAAAUCUCGAAAAAUGAUACGACUCCUCCUCAGCAUCAAACUACGACGAAACCGCAAAAAACGUCUUCAGAUAGAGCUCCUGCAACCCACAGUCCCUACCAACACGAGUUUUACGUGUACACGGCAGUCGAGAGCGUACUGGUUGCCGAAGCCUUGAGUCCGGAUGUUGAGAAUCUUGUCGACGAAGAACUUGCGGGAGUCGAAGGAACUGAUUUAAGAACAAAGGUCUUACUUAAGUAGCUGGAUUUGUACUAGCUUGAAAGUACUUAGUACUACACUUUUUAAUAGAAAGAAUGUCAGUUAAAAGUACAACUCCUAGUCUCCUUACAAGAAGCUCUAAGGAAAGAAGCAACAAGAGCAACCUCCCCUCUACUCAUGGUUUGUUGUCAUGGAUGAAGAUUUCUGAGAGAGACCACCUAGUAGAGCCAGCGAAGACCCUGCUGUUCUUCACUUAUUAAGGUACAACACGACAGAUCAUACAAUUUCUACUUCACAGAAGCAACCCACUCUGCUAACUCUAAGGAAAGAAGCAACAAAAGCAAUCCAGCGCGAGGUAGUCCUGGCCGAGAUCCGGGAAGGCAAGUUGCGUUUUGUUUACGACUACUUGCAAGACGUGUUGACACGGGAAGAGCGCAGGCUCGUGUGGAAGGCGGGUCUGCGCAACUUGUCAUUAGACCAGCUGCUAGACCUGGUGCUGAUCGCGCGCACAGAGCAGCUCCUAGGCAGUGGAGAGAUGCAUUUUGAUUUCCGACGUUUUGUGCGGGAGACAGAGCCCAUCUUGGAAGUCGAUAAAAGAAUUGUGGAGAGGAUAGCGGACGUUGGUGAAGUUCUGAGAAACGGUGCUGAGACCGAGAGAAACAAGAACGAAGAGCAAACAUCUACUUCCUUUCCUGAACAACAAGACCAACGAGUACGUCGACUUCCGCGAGUAGAGGGUGAAUCUUCCGCAUUAGUUGGUGGAUAUCAUCAGGCGGAGUACGGUGAGGAUGGCUUCUCACACGAGCACGCAAAUCAUCGAUCGGCUUUGGAAAGACACUGGCACUCGACUUCAAAGGGCUUCGAGGCUAGUCUAGGAAUAGCCAAAUACUAUGCGCGUGGUGGAGGUGGUGGCUUGCUCGCGGCCCCUUCAGGCGGUCACGGAGGAGCUGCUGGCGGUGCUGUUGACCUCGGGAGAAGUGCUGACUAUAAUAGUGGAAAUCCUCUUCCUGAAGGUGGAGGCGCAGCAAAAGACGGUGAGGAUGAAGUAAAAGGACGAGACUGUAGUCGUGUGGAAGGCGAUGAUGGAAACUACAAUAACAAUGUCGAUGGAGCUGGAGGUAGUUAUCAAUAUUAUCCUGACGUAGAUGACAGCACUGAUCAUGAUGUCGCCUUGGAGGUACCUUCCUCCGGUUUAUUCCACUACGAGGAUUUUGAGAAGACAAGGGCAUCAGAAAGGCAAAAGGACCAUGAACGAGUCUUCUCUUUCUUCGUAGAAGAGUCGGCAUCUUCUUCAAAAAAACCAAAUGUUGUUGGACAGGAAGAUCAGGCUCAGGAAAAGCGAAGAUCAUCUCGUCCAGGGGUGAAUAUCACACCAGUUGCAGAGCGUGCAAGUAGAAGUAGGUCCUCUGCAAAUUACUCGACAAGAACUCCAAGUGAUCAUGUUGUAGCUUUAGAGAGUCCAGCUGCACCAGUAUCAGUUAUUGCAACCAGUACAGGAAGCUUUGGGCGUCGCAGAAGCCGUGUAUCGGAGCAAAACAAGUUUAUGCAGGAUCAGAAUCAGAAGGAGACUAGAAGAUCUAACGAAGAAGUCUCCUCCUCACGUGGCUCAGAUGUUGGCACUUCUACACGACGCUCAUCAGCUCCUUCCGCGAAAAAUAUGAUGAUGCUGAAGCAAAAUCACGAGCUUCUCUCUACACUGCCUGAAAACGUGCGAAGAAGCAAACAUCUGUCCUCAGGAGGAAGCGGCCAAGGUCAAGAAGGAGAAACUAAUAUGACAACUGAAGUUCUUGAGCCUCACAUAACAGCAGGACAAAGGCGCUCAUCUAUCUUGCGAGCUGCAAGUUCAAACGGCACUGGAGGAGGUGGUCGCGGUGGUGCUGUAGGAACAUCUUCGUCAAAUUCAACCUCUUCAAUCAUGGGUUUGCGGAUAAAGUCAUCAUCUAGUGAACCUCGUAUAGUGGAGGAUGUAACAAGCACCAACUCAUCAAAAAACACAAAUGCUCCUCAUCAAAGUCCUCCUCAAGGUCCUCCAGGAGCCUCAAAGCCUAUCUCCAUUUCCACUACUCCUUCAGCAGCUGCCACCAGCAUCUUGACAGGAGUUCCAUCUUCAUCGCCUAGUGCUUCUACAGCAUCUUCCUUGAUGAGAACUAAAUCUCAAGAGCGGUGGGCACAGUUGCAGGCGAAGCAUCGGUCUCGCAUGUUCCAUGAACUCGCUCAGGAACUGCGAAAUAAUCACUUGAAGGACCAGCAGGAGCAGGCUUCGGCGGGAAAUGGCUUAAGCAGGGUUGUUCUUUUUAGUACUAGUGCAUUGAUAUUACAAGAACAUAUUAUAAAAAAGCAUCUUCUUUCAUUCUAGAACACACAGUUGUAUGUUGUAAUGAUUAAUUUUUCUGGGGGUCGAGGUCGUCGUGUCCUCUACUACUUCUGAUGAAAACAGAAAACAUGAUGAAUUGGAGUCCUUAAUGCGUGUUCCUAUUGAUCCUAAUAUAACUAACCUCCUUUUCACUAGUAUAGAAAGGAAGUAGAACGCUGUGAUCCGGAAUGCAGUGAUACGUUCUAAGAAGGAUAAUGAACGUCUAUGCAAAGUACUAUACCCACAUCCAAAUAUGAAGAAAGUGCAUGUUCUUGGCUGAAGUAGUGCACACCAGUGUCUUGAGCUUAAGCUAUCAUGGUUACGGUGUCAGUGUCUGGGUCUUCGCCUUGUUCUAAUUCCUACAUCCACUCCUUCAAGUUCCUCCACCCUAGCGAAGUUGCACAUUGAGGCGUCGCGCAUACUCCGGGAAGCGGAAGAAAUGAAGAAGUAUCGAAGAUCAGCGAUGGAAACGCGGGAGGCGCGCACUAGUGGAGUGCUCGCAGCCCUAAGACUUCAGGAAGAGCUUCAAAUGAAAGUUAAGAAAAGCUCAUGUAUCUCCAGUUUAGAUACAGAGACUAAACUUUUUUGAACUACCCGCCCCGUUGGACGCCGUACUACGGUAGGUAUGUUGCUUGUAAGGAGAAUAAUUAUAGGGCUUGUGCGUGUCGCUCAUCUCUCGACGUCACCUUCUAAGAGACAAAUUGAUGACCAAGAUGAAGCUUCUAGCAGCAGUGCCGACACGGAGACUGUAAUGUCAGGCGUGAAUGAGGACCUUCAAGAGACGGCUUCCUCAACUUACGUUGUAGACAGGAAAUCUGCAAUUCGCGAAGCUGUUAAUGCUGAAAUCGCGGCACGCGCGAACCUUGUGGUAGUGGACGUAGUCGCGAAGAACGCAAGCGAGAAAAUUGGAGUGUCAAAAUCGGGAGAACUUCCCGGAAACGACGUUUUUGUAAAACGCGUCGUAAGCAACGUCGCCACUAAUUCUAAGAACUAUGUCGGGGUCGGCGGAGAAGGAGCCCCUUCAAGUCGUGGCGGCACACCUACUACUCUAUCAUCAGCAAAUAGUAGUCAUAGUAGAAGUAGCACUAGCACUACCACAUCGGUUGCAGUCGCGCCAGUGACGAGUAUGGCUGCUUCGAUGGGGAUUCGGAUUGGGGACAGAAUUCUGUCAGUCAAUAGAACAUCGACUGAACGUAUGACGCAAGACCAUUUCGCGGUGGCGCUGGCGCAGAGACCUGUCUGUGUCUCCUUUGGUCGUCGAGGGAUGUUGACCUACGAUUUGGUGACGCCACCGGUCGAUAUAGUAACAGGCUUAUCGCCAUGGGAGAAUCUUAGAAUCGAACUGGAGGUCACUCUUGUCGCGUCGGAGUCUCCUGGUUCGUCCUUCUCGUUCUCGCCCUCAGCGAGUGUUGACGCGCCAGUUGUUGUGCGGCAACUUCAGCAGGCCGUUAUAUCGUCUCCAUCCGAAAUAACAGGUUCUGGCCAAUCUCUCUCUUCUAGUACUUUCAACACAGCCUUAGAGCAACAAGCAAAACAGUCUAAACCCAGCAAAACAGCAGGAAUUGGACUGUCUAAGAUUGGCAAACUUCCUGGAACAGCCUUGGUGAAGCGUGUCGUUCCUGGAAGUGCUGCUGAAGAGGCAGGUAUAGAAGCGGGUGACCGCAUCGUCAGCAUGAAUGGGAUGCUUCUGAACAAUCGGAAAAUGACGGAGGAGCGCUUUCGCACGAUGGUGCUCUCAGAACGGCCACUGAAAAUCCUCGUAGCAACACGUGUUGUAGUUGACAACAAUACGAAGAUGUUGAACACGUUAUUUGAUAGACGAAGCUGCGCUACUACUACAUCUUCUGCUUCAAAAGCCAGUAUCGACCGCAGUGCGUUGCUUGAUGAAGAUGAUGAUGAGGAGGUUGAUGGGAUUGAGAAAGGAAGCAGGACAAGAAUAGUCGAAGAAGUUUUUGAUGUAAAGAUCGAUCCUACAACAGCGGAGGACCACGAGGAUAUCCAUAUCGGUAUCACAAAACGUGGCGACUUUCCCGGUGUCUCCUUAGUAAGUCGCGUUUUGCCUUAUAGCAUUGCACAAAUGGUAGGUGUUCGGCGAGGAGAUCGCAUUGUUGCAGUGAAUAAAGUAGAAGCUGCUCCUGCUAGCAGUGAGAUGUGGAAGAUGACUGCUUAUGGAGAAACCUCCGGUACUAGUGGCUUAGGAGUCGCACUGCCGUCUUCAGCUGUCAGCACUCCGCGAUCUACAGCCUCAACUAGGCUGAGCCGAAGAAGCAGCAAAACUAGCAGGUCGAAGAAAAAAUUGCUCACUGAAGACCUCUACCGUUCGAUGAUGGACAUGCUGCCUUUGUCGAUGCGCUUUGCACGCUUCAGCGACGUAAAUCGUGAGAACCUUACUUUUGAAAUUGUUGUGCCUUCACAGUCGUCCUCAGAUGAAGCGGAAAUCAACAAAAUUGGUCUCCAGAAACGCGGCACUCUACCUGGGGCGGUCACGAUCAUUAUGAUACUGGACAGACUUACUGUUGCUUCUUCUAGUUGUCAAUCAAAAUGUUAAGCACUUGUGGCUGGUAGCUGCAUCCCAAUAGUGCAGUCUGUCUCUUCAUGGGAGUGUUGCUCUUGUUGAUUUCUGAAAAUGUCAGCUACAAUAUACGCUGCAUUGAUAUAAAGACAAGGCAAAGGCUGCACGGCCACCCACACAUAUCCUCUUCUCCUCUUCGUCUUCUAAUUUGCCAAGGGUAUUUGGUUAUGCAGAGCAGCAAGGUGUGAGAAUAGGAGAUCGUCUUGUCUCUAUCAAUGGAAUUUCCACGAUGGACAUGACGCAAGAAAAAUUUGAGGAGGAAAUGCUGCGAAGAACACAGGCAAUAGUUCCAGAGGGUCGUGAAGCAGAUCGCGAUGGACUCACUCGGACCUCAUCUAGGACGAAUAACAAUGUGCCUGCUUUUCUUGCUUCUAGAACGAGUAGUUUGAAUUCAGUCUCGUCUUCAAGAACAGCACGCACGAUAAAUCGUACUUCUACUACUGCCUCUAGUCGGACGCCACCUUUGAUGCUGCGUUUCGCCCGUGCAGUUCCUGCGAAUAUCGUUGCGGCAGCAGCAGAGACGAGUCGUCCUCAAAGGAAAAAUUCGAGUGUCCAACAAGUUGUCGCAUCUUCAACAACUUUAACUUCAUCUUCAAAUAGUAAGACACCUUCAACAUCUACUGCAACGACUCAGAUCAUUGUUCGUUGUGAUCGCGAUGAUGAGAAAUUGGGCAUCAAGAAACUAGGUGACUUGACUGGUGGCACAGUGUUAAGGCUCACGGGGGAAAUUUUAACAUGACAGAAAACUACUCGCUCCAGGAUACUGGUACUAGCAUGCACUCUGACCAUGGCGAUGAAGUAGCUCCGUGCAUGGUCUUUAGUACAGUAUCAUGAUGCAUGCUUUUCGCGCAUCGUCCACUCAUUCAUUAUCUGUCUCAUCGUCCCAUGGUAUUAUUAUUAACAACAACAAGGUUGUAAGAGUUGUAACGAUCUUGCUCUAAAAUCAGCAGUUGUUCGAUGCAUGACCGACACCGGGUUCGCGCGCUUGGCGGGGGUCGAAGAUGGCGACUAUAUUGUCGCAGUGAACGGCGAGUCAAUUACCACUUUUUUAAGCCUGGUAUUGUUUUUGUAUGUGAGUGAAGAAGAACAAGAGUUAUCCUAUAUGAUAAGUGAACAGGCCAACGCCUAAACCACUAAGCCAAAGAAGACGAGGCUUUUCAGUAUCGAUGCAAGUAGAGCGAUGCCAAGAAUUUCUCGUUGCACUGUCUAUGAAGAUCAUGAAAUAACAAGAAUAGGUAUACAUGUAUAGACUUGAUUAAUUGGUAUGAGUUUACGAUUCCACUUCCCUCUUGUUUGCUUUCUCGUCCUUGUGGUGGAAUUUCGUUCAUCAAUUCAAAUAUGUUACUACGCUACAUGAUAAUAACAAACUGUGGCUUUUAUACAUAGCGUCCAGGUCCUCCUCCUACAUCGAUCUACAUCUACAUCUACAUCCGAGUCUAAGACACAAUGAAGACCGAUUUCAGCAACUUAUACUCGAGCGACCGUUGGAGGUCAGUUUUGUGAGGCCACAGGGGAGCACCGUGAUGGCGGUGGGCAAGACAGCGUCUCUACUGCAUUUAGAGGAACCAGAUUACUGAAUAUCCAACGCUUCCUUGAGGCGUUUUUUUCAAGCAGGAGCAGUACAAGUUGUACACAGCGCAGAAAACGGUGCCUUCCUGGAGGAGUUGUUCCAGGCGCAGUUGUGCUUGCUUGAGUAUGAAUAAAUGUAUAACCUUAAGCAGUUGCACGCAUUGAUAUCGGCCUAACUCCAAAAUCCAAAAUUAACAUAGAAGAGAACAUCAGCAUCAGCAUCAGCAUCAACUUGAAGCUUCUUGACGAUUUGAAAAAUGUGUGUACAGAUCUUUUUCUGUAUGACGCUUUGAAAACUGUUAGAACAACAUUACAUAGAUAAGUCUAAAACCUCAAAUAUCUGAAAUUUUCGUCAAAGAACAAAUUCAAAAGUGUCUAUGUAUGGUCAUAGCAGGCAUGAUUAGGUAGCGGUAACUAGCACAUUACAGGUAACAUAUAGUGUUUAGGGUAAAUAUUGAUUCUUGUUGUAGUGAUAUUUGGAUCAAUGAUAUAGUCUCUAAAGAGCUGCUCAUCAGAAAAUGAAUUCAAUUAAAAUGGAAUAUAAUCAAAAUUUUUUGGAUUUUCCUUUAAAUUGUGAAAAUUUGAAAUUUUUGUAAAAUUAGUCUGGACCACGCAUGAUUCUCCAGAUACAAAUCUUCUACGAUAUUCCUUGUAUAGUUCUUCCAGCAAGAUACUCCUUGUAUAGUUCUUUCUCAUAUCCUUAAAUCUAGUAUUAGAGUUUCCAAGAGUUGUAGUCCAAAUGUCGUUGCACAAGCGAGCAUCACCGACCUGUAGUGGAAAAGAAAUAUUCUUAAAACGAAUCAAAAUUGUCUUUUCAAAUGCACGAUGACAUUGUCAUCGAAGAUUCUACUACUAUCAAUAUCAUACACCACCACAGUCUCGUUCUCUAGCAAAGAAUCAUACUCCUAUCAGGCAAGAAGCAGCUUUCAUCAUCCAGCGGCGAUGAGCUAAAG